AUGACCAAACCAACAAAGCCAUCAUCAACGCCCACCAAUAACAAUAAUACUCAACAGCCACCAACAUCCAUGUAUCCCAAUGUCGAAGAAGCAACCAUUGAAUUAGUUGAGUCUAAACCUCCUUCUUCUUCUGUAUCUAAUAACCAAGGCAAACCAUCAUCAAAAAAGACAAAUAAUCAUAACAAUAAUCAUAACAAGAAUAACAACAAGAAUAACACCAAACAGCAACAACAUGACUUUGAUUCUGACUCCGAUGAAGAGUCAUUGAUUGGAGGAAAAAAGUCUGCAACGGUAGAACGAGUUACCCUGACAAAGCAAUACAUCUAUGAAUUUCAUCAGCAUAGACCAUGUAGAGAUUUCCUAUUUCUUCUCUUAUUUAUUGCCUUUUGUUUGGGCAUGAUCAUGAUUGCCUUUCAAGCUGUUGUAAAACGACGAGAAUAUAUCAACUCACUAAUCAACGGUUCGGACGGUGAGAUGAAAAGAGAUUCUACCAAUAGCUACAAAGCAAGUGUAUUUGAUAUUUUGAACAACAACCAACACACAGAUAGUGUAAACAAUGUCAAUGGUUUCUUUAGCAGCUUUGCUCCAUCCUGGAGAGAAAUGAAAAGACUUUACUUCCCUACAGAUUUUCUUGGACGGGUGUGUGGAGUUGAUUAUACUUCUCAAGAUCAGUCGGUGGAGACACUAGAAAUUGAACAAAGAGCAAUGCUUUUAGCAGAUGCAUUGGUGAACAGAAAUUAUUGGAAAGAGGAUUUAUCUUCUCGAAGAUAUUUGUGGAUUGUUAAUGAGAAGUACCUGUUCUCUGCGCUCGAAAGCACUAAUGUUCACUCAUUAAAUGCAAGCACAGAACUGUACGAAAAUUGGAUCAAAUUUGGUGGUGUUUGUGUUGAGAGCUGUCCAAGCGGAGUGACAACUGUCAGCAAUGCGAAAUUUAAUAAGAACAAUGAACCUACCGAAAUCCAAGAUGAAUUUUCGAGUCAAUCAUCAGAGAGCGUUUCACUCAUUUCCGAUCAAUGCCCUCCUUCACUUAGACAAACAAUUGUAGAAAAGGUGUCACAACAAGUUCAAACAGGCAAUACCACAACAGAAAAGGUGACAUAUUCAAAGAAAGAAAUAUGUGCAUCGAAAAGAUACUUGUUCUCAGAUGAUGGUGGUAAACCAGAAGCAAGGUUUUUUGAAGUGACCACAGAACGAGAACAUUUGUCGUUAAUGGGACGUUGUAUUCCUUUACUGAAAACGUCUAAGGCUCCAACUGACACAUCUCCUGUUGACAUUCAGCAAUUAUAUGCACAGCAAAAAGAGACGGUAGCCAAUUUAAUGCAACACAUUUCUUCUCUUUCUCCGGUAUCAUAUUUCAGUAACACGAUCUCUCCAUAUCUAGAAAGUUUACCAACUCUAUCGAACAUUGAAAACAUGAUUGAUGUCAAACAAGUUUCUGGAUUAGUACCGUCAUUUUUAGAAAAAUUUAUGAUACAAAGUAUCAUGACUCUCUAUAAUAGUUGGAAAAUUAUUCUUAUAGCGGUUGCUAUCACUACUGGUGUCUCGUUUAUUUGCGUAGUACUACUUCGAGUGUUAGCAAAACCUCUAAUUUAUGGAACGGUAGGCCUAUUAAUGAUUGGAUGGUUCUCCCUAUCUAUCAUACUUUUGGUAGAAGGAUCAUCCAAUCUACACUUUUCAACCUCCAGCUCCAAGACAGAGCAACUUGUAUCAUAUCUUUCGGACCUCUCUUGGGAGAAAAGCCUCUAUAUAGGGUGUGGAGUAUUACUAUUAUUGUCCAAUCUAUUGUUUACGUUUUUAUUUUGGACAAACUGGAUAAAAACUCUCUCAAGAGCAGUUUCCAUCAUUAGUGAGAGUGCUAUGAUUAUCACCACAGUACCACAAAUGUUUUCUCUAUUCCCGAUUGUGAUAUUUAUUAUAGGACUGAUAUUUUGUUUCUGGUGGUUCUUUGUUGUAGCACUCUUGUUUACCAAUGAGUUAACAAGCGCUGGUAUUGUGGACGCGUCAUCCUUAUCUUCAAAGGUUACCAAUACAGUCAUAAGCGCAAAUAAUGGAGCUACUGUUGCGGAGAGGCUUCAAUCUCUGUCCAAUCCAACAACCUUUAUUCUCACUCUUCAAUCUCACUUGCUAAAGGGUUGGUUUGCAUAUUUACUGUUUGGAUUUUUUUGGGUCACUCAAUUCCUUUUGAGCUUUGUCACAAUUGUUGUGGCUAGAGUGACAUCUCAAUUUUAUUUUAAAUUUGGAAAUGUUUCGGGAACUAUAUCACGAGCCCGUAGAGGCGAGUCAUCUUCAAUGUUGGAUAAUUUUGAAAAAACACUUAUGUGCUUGAAAUUACCUGUAAUUCAAGCCAGUUUAUUCGUAAUGUUUUACAACGCAGGAAGCGUGGCAGUCGCAUCAUUGUUUGUUGGGUUGGUGAAAUAUUUAAUUCUGGUUAUUAAGACCACUCUAUCUGUGAUGGGUUAUCAACAAGAAAAAAGCUCGUCCUCUGACCAGAUUCAAAAUCAAUUUGCACUAUUUAGACUUGUGAAUUACGUGAGAAAUAAUUUCUUCACACGAUUUAUUCAACAGCUUCUCUUUGCCUUGCUUCGAAUGCUGGAAAAAUUCAUGGAGUUCUUUGCAAGAAAUGCCUUAAUCCACUGCGCCAUAUUCGGUACAUCGUUCUUCCAUUCAAGCUUGAGUGCUACCAAAUUAAUGAGGAAAAAUAUUACUGUAAUUGCUGUGUUGGAGUGGAUUACAGAUUGGAUCAUGUUUUGCAUGAAGAUGGUGAUCGCAAUAAUUAGCGUGUGUGUGGCUUAUAUGGUCAUUCAUUCUCAAGAUGCAUCUUUUGGAGAGUUAAGCCAAAUUGUUGGAAAACUCUCCUCUGCAUACAACGAACAAGGCCAAUAUGGCCUUUUUGAAGUUGUAUUUGCCGGAAAGGAAUGGCUGGACGUGAAUCGUAGCUUUUUAUUGCUUGUCUUUGUAUUUUUAUUGAGUUUAAUGGUCAGCUCCCUAUUCAUUACUAUUUUCCAGACAGUAAUUGACACUGUUCUUCAGUGUUACUUGAUCGAUUUGGAAAUGUACAGAAAGAGUGGAGCAUAUGGCGACAAUAAUGCAAGAAUUAGUAGUGCUGAAAUGAUACAACUCAUGGAAAAAGAAAAAGAAAAGAAUUACAUGUGGCUUGAAGAAGACUCCAUGUAA